CGGGUGUGUGUGUGUGUUCACUGCUCCGUGUUUGUAUUGCUAUAUUAGUGAGGACCAAAAUGUGACAAAACACCUUUUAAGUGAGGACCUUUUGGUAAAGUGAGGACAAAAUCGUGGUCCUCACUUUAUUUUGCUCAGUUUAGCCCCCGUGGGGGUGGGGCAUUGUGCUGUGCAAAUCUCUCAAAUGUCCUUACUUCAAUAGCAGAUCAUGACAGAACUGUGUUUCCUUCAUUCUCCUGCGCUCCCUCUAAAGGAUAGAGACGUGAACUGCAGCCAAUUUAUCAUUGGCUGGAAGAGAACGGCUCCGAUUUUUUGAUUGGUUGGCUUGGUGAUUUUUGUGAUUGGUCGGCCAGUGAACGUACAUAUCUGUACAUAAACUGUAUUUCUUUCUUUAUUUCUUAAAUAUCACAAUUACUUUCCCAAAUAAGGAGUACAUAAAAUAGGAUGUAUGCUUUUCAGCAACAACUGCCUCACAAAUGCAAUUGUUUUUCAUCGAGCUGCAUUUAAUGGCGAUCAUUAUGCACGGCUUUUUGGCGCCAGCAUUACGUCACGUGGAGUACGUGAAUCGAGCUCGCGUUCCGCGAAACGUGACAGUGAUGCGUAUGAACGGAGAGAAAUGACGGAGCGGUUUAACCGGAGACUGAGGCGGCUGCGGGAGCACCACGUGAUCUGUGAGCAGAGACACCGGAGAAACAGCGCGAAGGACGGAAUGAAAACUUCACAUCAAGAUGGACAGAAGAGGGAUGAGGAGGAUCUGGAUGGACAGAAGAGGGAUGAGGAGGAUCUGGAUGGACAGAAGAGGGAUGAGGAGGAUCUGGAUGGACAGAAGAGGGAUGAGGAAGAUCUGGAUGGACAGAAGAGGGAUGAGGAGGACCAAGACGGACAAAAUGACUUCAUCCAGGAAAUUUGUAUAGAGGAGCAAUCGAACCAGGGCAACAAGGACUGGAGUGAUCUGGAUGAGAGCGAAGGCUCAGUCUUUGUUCCUUCAGUGGAGGAGUCUACUGAUGAAGAAGACCUCGAUUCAGAAGAGUCCCCGAUUGAAAAGACCAUUCGAAAGACUGUAAAAGACACAAUAUUUAAUACAUCUGAAGAAGUCAAGAAGGCAAAGCAAAAAACUCCAAGAAAGAAGGCUAAGCAAAAAAGUCCAAGAAAAAUGACAAUCAAAACAAGUCAGCGAGAUCCUAAAGGCAAACGAACGUGGAACAAAAAACAGUACUGUGUCUUCUGUGAAAAGGCACAAAGCAAGCUUGCUAGACAUCUUGAAAGAAGUCAUUCCAAUGAAACAGAAGUUGCUAAAGCCUUUAGUUUUCCCAAACGUUCAAAGGAACGCAGGAUUCUUCUGGAACAGCUCCGGAACCAGGGUAAUUAUUAUCAUAACAUCAAAGUCUUGGAGACCGGACGUGGAGAGAUCAUUACCUGGAGACAACCGACUGAAGAUGCAGACAUUUCUGAGUUCCUUCCCUGCCCGGAUUGUCUGGCGUUCUUCAUGAAGAAAGACCUGUGGAAACACUCUAAGACGUGUCGAGGACAGCGGGAUGUGAAGAGAAGCAGAGGAGAGCGAGUGAGAUCAGCUGCAGUCUGUCUGAUACCAACACCUGCACAGUGCUCUGCUGGCAUCAGCUCUCUCCUACAAGCUAUGAGACAAGAUGAAAUCUCAGAAACAAUCAUGAAGGACAGUUUGAUCUGUCUCUACGGUGAAUCACUUUAUACAAAGUGUGGUCAUGAUAAGUCACAGCAUCAGUAUAUCAUUCAAAAGAUGAGAGAGCUGGCCAGGUUUAUGAUCGAAGUGAAGUCCAGAUCCAGAGAAGUGAGUAACCUUACACAGCUCUGUAACCCUGAGAACUUUCUCCUAGCCAUCGCCGCUUGUAAAGAAGUCAGCAGCUAUCAACCAGAUUUAAAUACGUUUAAAACCCCGUCCCUCGCUCUGAAGAUCGGAUACUCGCUGAAGAAAGCCUGUCAGCUCAGUUUGGGACAGAGUUUAAUGGCAGGGGACAGAGACACUGAGAAGAAGCUGAAAAACUUCAUCAAGCUCAUUGACAGUCAUUGGCGUACCAACAUUUCGAGUCAAGCCCUCAACACCUUGCAGCAGAGCAAGUGGAACAAGGGAGACACCAUCCCUCUCACAGAAGAUGUUGUGGCUCUACAAAAGCAUCUCAAGAGUGUGGAGCAGGUCUCAAAAGACAAACUCAAAGAGAACGUGAAUGGCGCCGAGUGGAAAAUCUUGGCUGAGACGUUACUCUGUCAAAUCAUUCUUUUUAAUCGGAGACGUGAAGGUGAGGCAUCCAAACUGCUCCUUGCAUCAUAUGUGAAUCGAAACGUGAAGCCUCCUAAUGAAGAUGUGGUCAAAUCUCUGACUAAAUUAGGGCGGGAGCUGUGCAAUGAGCUGACUCGAUUAGAGAUCCGAGGGAAGAGAGGUAAGAAAGUGCCUGUCCUGCUGACCAAGGACAUGCUGGAGUCCAUGGACCUGCUGAAUGAAAGCAGGAGCACAGUGGGCAUCAGCGAAGCCAAUCCGUACGUUUUUGCAAGACUGGGGGCUUUAACGCACAUCCGCGGAUCAGACUGUUUGAGAAAGUUUUCCAAAACGUGUGGCGCAAAAGACCCCAAGAGCCUUACGUCGACCAAAUUAAGGAAACAAAUAGCUAUUCUGAGUCAGAUCAUGAAUUUAAAAAACAAUGAACUCGACCAAUUGGCCAAAUUCCUGGGACACGACAUUAGAGUGCACCGCGAGUAUUACAGACUGUCCGAGAAUACAAUCCAACUCGCUAAAGUUAGCAAGCUGCUUUUGUCUCUAGAAAAGGGAUCUGACUGUUACAAAGGAAGAUCUUUGGAAGAGAUUACAUUUAGUACAGAGGAGACUGAAAAUGAAAGAAGCCCUGCUUCCGGAGGCCUGCGAGAGCAUGAAUGCAGAACCACAGAAGAAGGUCAGCACUGAAGGGUCUGUUGGUUAGCUUAGAGGCCAUAUUCAACCGGUCGCUGAUUUAAAAUCUGCAAGAAACAGUCCACAACCAUAGAGUCCUGGAGUAAAACAUAUUCGACUUCAUAGUCUUAACUUCAAAGUGAUCGUUCAACCAAAAAUGUAAAUUCUGCUGUCAUGUCCUUGCCCUCGAGUCCCAAACCUGCAUGAAUUUCUUUGUUCAGUGGAACACUAAAUAUUUUAAAGAAUGUUUGUAACCAAACCAUUUUGGGGAACCACUGAAUAAAUAGGAGAAUAAAUACAACGGAAGUUGUGGAAAAUUCUUUUAAAAAAACCCUCUAAAGUCCAGGUAAUUCAUAUUCACCAAUAGACUAUUAUUACCUGUAACUCCCUACAGAAGUCAAUGGUUUGGUUACCAUUGAAGAUGAAGAACUCUCUACCUCAGUAAAGACAGUCAAGCGCAAGCGUCGCGUCACAGAAACUGUCGCCUCAGAGAAAGAUGAACAACCCUCUUCCUCAGUAAAGACAGUCAAGCGCAAGCGUCGCGUCACAGAAACUGACGCUUCAGAGAAUGAUGAUCAACCCUCUACCUCAGGAAAGACAGUCAAGCGCUCUCCUCCAGACAAUCAACACAUUAUAGAGAUGUUCUCAGGAAAGAAAGCUCCUAAGAGACCAUGGAGCAGUGAAGAGCAGAGCGCUGUGAAGAGGACUCUCACAACAUGCUUUUCCUUAAGGAAGCUUCCUGGAAAAGCCGAAUGUCCAUCAUGUCUAGAUGCUAAUCCAGUACUGAGCUCAAGAUCAUGGCUUGAUGUUAAAAACUUUGUCCAUAACAAUCUUCAGGCUAUGAAAAGGAAACUUGCUUCUUGCAGGAAUGCUGUCUAAUUUCCUUCCAGAGUAUCAGUCUAUCAGUUUUUUCUCUCGGUUGAGUACUUCAUGCACGUUUCUCUUUUCAGAGUAAGCACUUUACCGUUUUCUUUUGUUGGAGAAAUAUAAAUCUUUUGGAUUUUGUAUAAACUCAAGGCACUUUACUUAUAUUUCCUUUCUGAAAGGAAGCAUGCACUUUAUAUUACUUUGAUUUUAUUCAAAAUAUAAAAUAUUUCAAUUUCUCCAAUAGUGCAUUUCAUUCCUUCAUUGGAAGUAAGCACUUUAUUAAGUCUCUAUAUAUUGACUGCUAAUCAUUUCUUUUUUUUUUUUCUUUUUUUCAUAAGUAUACGCACUUUAUUUACAGUUUUUUAGAAGUCAUUUUUUCAUUUUGAAGAUCUGCACAGUGGUCAGUGCACUCUUUCGUUGUGUCAUUCGUUUGUGUUAAGUCUGCCUGAGUUCUGUUGAGUUUCUGUGGUUCUGUUGAGUUACUCUGUCUGUAUCUGGUGUAGUUCACCGUCUGGUCUCUGUGACUGAGGCUUGUGUUCAAUCCCAUCAUGCUCUUACUCAACCUCCGAGUGUGUGAUGGUUACCAAAUAAAGGGCUGCUUUUCUCUUGCAGAAUCAAAACUGUUGUUCUUGUAUACACAGAUCUACACAAAUUUCAAUAGCAUUUUUUAAAUCUCACAGGAACUGAGGUAAUCCUGUAGGAAUGAACCCUUUAUUAUAGGGUAGUCGAAGUCUUAAAUUAAACCCAAACUUUCUUAUUUUCUCUACAGUCCAAAGCAGUUUAUGUGAUGAAAAGAUGCUGAAAAUGCAUCUUUAAUCAAAGCAAUAAAUAACAUUUUACUGUACAUUAUUCAAUUUAAGAUUAGUAA